GAGGUGGGAUAGCGGUAACUGGACUUCAGCUGUUGCCGGUUAAUAUCAGAUUUAUGAAAUGCAAUCGUAAGCUGAAAGUUGUAUCGUUUAUAACAAAUUCAUGUAGCCAAUUUGGUGAUUGUUUUAAUUGGUAUAAACAUAACAAUGAUCCGCAGCGGGAUAAUUUUAUUUAGUUUAUUCGUGAGCGCAACCCAAGCUGAAGCUCCUAUCAACAUGACGCGACCCAAAGUUUUAAUAUCAAACCCUUCUGUCCCAGCAGCUGCAUUGGAAUUGCUAAAGGAAAAAUGCGAUUUAAUAGUCUCGCCGAGUGACGAGAAAAAUUCAAUUCUAAACUUGGUUGAAGGCGUCGAAGCUAUAUUUUGGGCGACCCAUGUGAAAUUGGACAACGAGAUAAUUGAAAAAGCGGGAGCUCAACUGAAAUUAAUCGCUUCCAUGUCGGCCGGAUACAAUCACGUAGAUUUAAAAGAACUGAAGAAACGAGGAAUAAAAUUAUCCAACACGCCCGGCGUUUUAAGUAAUGCCGUGGCAGAUAUCGCGAUGCUGUUGGCAUUAGGGACUUCCAGAAGGUUAACCGAAGGACGGUUUCACAUCGAAAGAGGGACUUGGGGCGCCGACACCAAUAAUACCCAAUGGAUGCUUGGUACUGAUUUAGAAGGAUCGACGGUUGGUAUUGUGGGACUUGGCGGUAUUGGCCAGGCUAUCGCCAAACGAUUGAAGGGUUUUGAUGUCGCUCGGAUUUUGUAUACGGGACAUAGGGAAAAAUCCGAAGGAGCAUCUUUGGGAGCUCAAUUCGUCGACUUAGACGUUUUAACAAAGGAAAGCGACUUCAUUUUCUUAUCUGCGCCGUUGACCAAUGAGACUAUGAACAUGUGCAACGGCACAUUCUUUUCAAAAAUGAGAAGAACUGCUAUUUUGAUUAACGUCAGUCGCGGUCAACUGGUCGAUCAGGCAGCACUGAUCGGUGCUCUAAAAGAGGGUCAAAUUUUUGCUGUUGGGUUGGACGUCAUGGUACCGGAACCUCUUCCUAUCGACAGCGAGUUGCUCAAGUUACCUAAUGUUGUCUUGACUCCGCAUCUUGGAAGUGCUACUGUGAAUACGCGAAAUGCGAUGGCGCAAUUGACGGCAAAGAACAUUCUCCUUGCUUUGGAGGGGGAAGAAUUGUUAACGCCAGUGAAAUUUUAGGUCAAUGGACGUUUACGCGUGCAGUCUGUAGUUACUAGGCGUAAAUUGCGUCCCAUUGUACUGCGAAAUACUAGUUAAAUACAAAUCUUAUUGACACCUUUAUAACAAAAUGGCCUGGGACUUUGAUUAGACUUUUCUCAAUUUGAGUUAUAAAUACGUAGAUUUUUGUAUUUAUUUUUUGUAAUUUGUUCGUACAUUAAUUUUUUUGUGUAAGGUAAGAUGGAAUUACUAAUUACAAUAUAAAUUAUUGAGAAUAUCUUGCGAAAAUGUUAUUUCUUUAGAUAUUACAUGAAAUAUAUAUGCUUCAGAUUAAACUUAUUUAAAUUUAUAUUUUCUAUUCAUUAUUAAUAAUAAAUUCCAUUGUAUAAUACAUACAG